AUGAAACAUGAUUUUACCGAAGUGCUUAAAAAUCCAUUAUUUGCGUAUUAUAAUAUGUUCGACCCUGAAAACAUAGCACAUUUUGCGGCUAUUGCUCCAUCUCCAUCAAAAGACUUUUAUCAUCUGCUAAUUACCGCAACUAAAUUCAAAUUGAGAUGGUGGAAAAUUACAUCAAGAAAUGAUGGGGCAAAAUUUCAUCCAGGUGAAAGGAUAGCAACUUAUGAGGAAUUUGAACAAGAUGGUCGUAUGCAAAGUGAAAUAUUUCGAGUUAUGGGCCAAAAAACAUUAGACUACUGUCUAAACAUAUGCGUUGGGAACUUGGAUUAUCUAGUUAGAAUACCGAAUGAAAUUUUGGUAAAAAUAAUUUUUUAUCUAAACUUGGAAGAUGUGAUUAAUUUAGGAACUACAUCAAAAUAUCUUAAUCAAAUUUGUAAUGAUGAUUCAUUAUGGCGUGAAAUCUACUUCCAUACCACGUUAAAUCAAUCAAGUAAACCUAUUGAAGAGUUAGCAAAGUUAUUUGGAUGGAAAAAGUUACUAUUUACAAGCAAAUUACACCUACAGAUGCAGUUACGUCGUUUAACCUUGGAAGAAAGUGGUCACAAUGAAAGUGCACGAAUGAGUAUUUCAUAUGAUCGUGGAUCGUAUUUAGAUAAUUAAAAAAUAUCCUAAUAAAUAGAAAGAAGCCUUAGCACAAGAAUAUUCAUUCAUUGAAUAAGAAAACUGUAUCGUAAUGAAUAUUCAGUCAAAUUGGUUCACACAUGAAUAUCAUUGGUGGAAAG